UUUUUUUUAACAUUUUUCUGUUCAAAUUUUUUCACGUUAAUUGUUGCUAUUUAGUUUCAAUCAGAUUGUAACAGCAUUGGCUCAGCACCUGCAACACCUGUAAUGCAGAGGAGUGUACCAAAGAAGAAUGAAGAUAAGGAAAACUGUGACUCUAAGGUGGGAAAGGAUGAAAAUCCCUUUUUAUCGCCAGCUCCAUGGACGCCAAUCACAAAGAAGAACCAGACUGAAAAGAAAGGAAUACUCACCACCCCAAACCAUAAUAAUGUUCCAACAAAAGAAAAAAAUCACUACGUUAAAAAUACUCCAACAAAAAUGAGCACUAAAAUUACAGAUGAAUUGUCAGCUGCAGUUAUAAGUCCAGAAAGGAGGUAAGUGUAUUUCAAUUAG